AUGGACACCACAGCUCCCACAAAUCCUGCAGGUGUGCCUAUCUCCGAACUAGGUGAUGACGACACGGAGUCCGCCCGCUCGAGAUCGAAUCUGGGCGCAGAGCUUCCGGUUGUCACCGCCCGGGAGGGUCGGGUAGCUCUCACUGAGCAGACGCUACGUUCGCAUGUUGGGUCCCUUGGACCUCAACCAGCAUACGUGCCAUCACGAGCGUCGCUGACACAUCAGCCCUCACCCACAGUCGUAGGCUAUUCUCCGGUGCCUCCAUCGCACACCUCCGUUCCAACUGUCGUGAAUCAGUUGUAUCAGCAUCAGCAAAACGUUCUGAUCAGUGCGGAUCCUGCACUGAUUAUGGACACAGCAAAUGCAAGACAUGCUGAAGCCGUUCGCAACAUCCAAAGCGAAAACAGGGAGCAAAUUCUCGCUUUGGAAACAGGUGCCAUGAGUCAAGUCGCUCAGCUGAGGCUUGAGCAUGCACAGUUGCAGUCAAAAGCCAGAGCCUUUGAAGAACAGGCUAAUCAAAACAUCCAUGCUGGUCGGCAGGCCGUAGCCCAGUACCAAAUUGAGGCUGAAACAGCCGCUGCUGAAGCUGAGCAGCUAAGGCAGCGCCUCCUAUCCGCUGAACAGACAGCUGCGAAUGUUGUCGCCCAGGUGGAAACCGAGGCUAAUCGAAGGUUGCAGGCUAAUCAAGCCGACGUGUCGGCUCGUGACAACGAGCUCUCUCGCCUCAAAGGUGAGAUGCAAGAGAUGAUGAGGAUUCAAGCCCUCAACAUGGAGAUGCUGCAAAAGGACAAUGCCGAGCUAAGAACACGCUUGGCGGAAGCCAAAGCUGACCCAUUGGGCAAUGAACCGGAACAGGUAACUUUCAAGGCAUCUAAGAAGCAGAGGUCUAUCAUCGCCAAGGACCCAAAGUCCUCCAAGAAGUCCGAGUAUGUUGUGCUCGGAAGUGGUCAUGAUGACGAAGACGAUAUGGAUUACCUCAAUCGUAUCCUCGAGGAGGAAGGUUCUGAUCUGGAAGACAUGCCUAAGGAUGAUCCGGGUGCAGCUCGCGCUUCUGACGGAGCCGCUGUCGCCCCAGAUGGGGAUUCCGAGGGCGAUGGGAAGAAGAGAAAACGGGGUAUAGAAUUUGGAAAGAUCACUUUCACCGGCCUUCAAGAGCUUGACGAUGGGCGUGUGCUGGAUGUGUACAAUAAGAUUAAGGUGAUUCCACCACCCGAUAAUCUCACUUCGCACCCCAUUCGUAAUGUUUGGCUCCUUGAGAAAGGUAAGUGGUUUGCGUACCAAUCAGAUGGAACUCAUUCUGCUUGUGACGUUGAUAUAAGGUAUAGCCCCGAUACAAAGGUGGUUAAGAUUAGAAAUUCUAGUGAGCUUGAUCCUCCUGAGACUAGGAAGGCAAUCAUCCAGUUAGCCAGGGAUUACCACAAGGCUGGCGCCUCUGUACUUCUUUGGUUCCAUCAACGGAAUCCGGGGGGUACAGACAAGGAUCAGGACGAGCUCAAUAGCAUCAUGUUCUCCAAGACUUGGGCUUCGUUUGUUGACAUCGCCGAUGCUCUUAAGAAGUACAAAGCGAGGUUCAUCAUUACGUGGCCCAGGGACAGCGUGUUCUGGGGAUGGCAGCUUGUCAAGAGGGUACUUGAUGGCUAUGGUUUUAGCAAAACUCACCUUAAGCCGAUGGUUGAAGCUGCUGACUUUAAGCCUGAAGUCAUUGCCCACUACACGCUAGCCUCCAACACGAAGCGUCUUGUUGAAUUCUUGAGACGAGGAUUGAAGGAUAGUGCCAAGAAAUCAGAGUCCCAACACUACUUCAAAGGCACCCUUACUGCGAUCCUUGGUCGUGUUUUUGAAGAUCAUGAAGUCCAAAAAUCAGAGAGAAAUCAGACUCACGUUGUAGCUGUUGCGCUCAAGAUUCAAGCAUCCCCAACGUCCUCUCUUUCGCUCCUUCCCAUUGCGAACAUGUCCUCUGCCCAGAGCACCCGUGACGCUCUUGCACAGGGAACCGCAGCCCGGGAGGGUGUGCAGACUGCUGAGGAGUUGCAGUAUGCAACGGCUGAUCGUGAGGAACGCAUUCAGGCGUAUCGUGCCGCACUCAAAAGUGCCGACCGCCUGGCUGACGCCAUGGCCGGAAUCACCCACCUUGCUCGGCAUGCUGACCUUGCUGAGGUGUUUGAUGAACCCGGGGCUGACGCCGACGGUGAUGAAAUGUUCCUUGGAAUCAUGACGGUGAAGGAAUGGCGCGACAUGCGUGUGCAUGCGCCGAAUGCGCCCUGGACUGCAUUGUACGAAGCCUGGUUCCGUCAUUAUGCUUGCCGCCAGGGCAACCCGUACAUGCAGGACCAACGCAACACCUCCCUGACGGGAUGGUCAGCCCUCAUCCUUCAGCACAUUAAGGAUUUGGGUAUCCUCGGAUGGGGUGUUAACUUCGAGAAUGCCAUCAAUAAGACGGCAAUGUAUGACAUUUGCCAUAGGGUCCACAUUCUGUCAGAGGGUAGCGGUACCUUCCCACUGUUCCCUGCGAGCUCAGCUCUCUUGGACGGGCUCUACAGCCCAGCCUUGGGCAGGAUUUCCGCGCCCCCCACGGCGGAAGCCGGUGGUUUCGACGGCACCGACAUUCUUGUGGCCGGGGACUCAUCCUUGGCAUUGUGCUGGAUGCAAGGAAAACGGUGUGUGAAGAAAACCACUAUCUUCCCGAUGAUGCAGGACAUAGUCCGCGCGAACCCAGAGUUCGGGGAACUGGACGAGAUUGAACAUUGGCCCGCAAAGCAGCGGCUGAUGGUCGAGAAGAGCGUCCGCCGUCUCAUCGAGCUGCGGAAGCACACUCGUGUCAGAGGCCUGACGGUUCUCUUGGGAGAUGACAACGGUCGUUUUUACAACCUGCCCAGCGAGUAUGAUGAAGAAAUGGGUAAGUAUGCCCGGCAGUUGCUGAGUGCAGGCAUCAGCGUCGUUGAUCCAUCAAGUCUCCUGAUGAGGACUACGCGUCCUGAUGGGUUCCACAUCGAGGUCACUGACCCGAAUGUGACUGCAUCCUUGCAGUGGUGGCAUGCUCUCAUCAGAGCCGUGUCCACCGACCGAAUCAUCACUCGCCGGAAGGCUGAGUUCGUCGCCAAUCAGAGAAGUAUUGUGUUCCGCAAUCACUUCGAGCUUGGGAAGGCCGAAAAGACGCUCACGGUGCCGCCUGCUAGCCAGCGCAUCCUUGAGCCAUUGGACCACGCACCCAUGCUUCCGGCGGAAGCCAGGGAAGAGGAUGAGCAGAUCGUUCUCGACCACCCUCUUCUGAUGAUGAUGCCUGAGCCGGUCGAUGAUGUCGAUCUCAAGCCGGAAGGCUCUGAAGAGGUGACCCAGGUUGAACACGUUCUAUUCAGCCGUGAUGUUGGGUCAGAGCUGCCCCUCGACCUUGUCGCCAUCGAUCCUGAGGCGCAAGAGGACUUUGCCUUUACGGUGGCACGUGAUGUCAUCAACACCACGAAUGUGCUUAUCCCUGACGGAGACGCCGUCGAGAAGGAGGCCGCUGACGGCAUCCCCACGGUGUGGGACGAACCCCCUGAGGUUCCGGCAUUGGAAGAUGACCGCAGACUCCCGAAAGGCACAGUCAGGUAUUCGCAGUCUCUUCGCAAAGUCGGGUCGACGCCCAAGUCGAAACCCGAUCCUGCCAAGCACAGGAGAAUCUCGGAGACAGUCGAUACCGGCGACGAAGAGGAUGAUCCCGUCGAGCGGUGGGCCUGCUCCGGCCUCCUGUUGCAGCGGCUGUAA